UAAUUGAAUUCAUCGUCAAUUUUAGUCUCUAUAUUCUCCAAAGUCCAUUAUUGUCCAAGCAUUACCGUUAGGCGUUAAUCCAAUGGCUUUGCCUUUGGCAGCCAUUUUUCUUUCUGCAAAUGGGAACACAAACAUUAUCAAAUUGUCACCAUCUCAAACAGCAAAUCGUUUCCACGCCGAUGCGGACGUCCAAAUCCCAACAAAACUUCUCUCUCAAUCCCUUUGUUUGAUUUUUCACGCCAUCCCCGUUUUACCAUCGCCGCCAAUUGCAAGGAAUCCUCGCUGUUCUUCUUCUUCUUCAAGGGACUUUUUAAUGGAGUCCUCCUUGAUGUGAUUUGCAGGUCCCACCACCACCACCACUUUGCGUUUUCCCAUUUCACAAUUUUCAACGCGUGGACUCUGUCAGAGUAAGAUUACUACUCAUUAUCUUCCAUACCAAAUCGCAAUUGCUAAAAUUACCUGGUUCUGGAUGCGAUUCUCUCGUUGUUAGGUUGUUGGAGAUUCGGCUGCUGAAGUUGAAGUUUCUGAAGUCCAACCAUGGAGGAAGAAGACAGUAUCUACACGCAAGAUGGAACAGUGGACUACCGAGGAAAUCCCGCUGUUAGGAGCCAAACGGGAACCUGGAGAGCCUGCCCCUAUAUUUUGGGAAAUGAGUUUUGUGAGAGAUUGGCUUACUAUGGAAUGAGCUCCAACCUGGUGAUUUAUUUUACGAAACAUCUGAAUCAGCACAGUGCCACAGCCUCUAAAAAUGUGUCAAAUUGGAGUGGUACCUGUUACAUUACCCCCUUGAUUGGAGCCUUUCUGGCUGAUGCCUAUUUGGGUAGAUAUUACACCAUUGCCAGCUUCUCCAUCCUCUAUGUUAUUGGGAUGACACUUUUGACGUUGUCAGCAUCAGUCCCUGGCCUAAAGCCCACCUGCGUCGCGAAAGAUGAUUGUUAUGCAACGAAUGCUCAAAGUGCGGUGUGUUUUGUGGCAUUGUACCUGAUUGCAUUGGGGACCGGUGGGAUUAAGCCUUGUGUUUCGUCUUAUGGAGCGGAUCAGUUUGAUGAUGCUAAUGAGACUGAGAAGAGGCACAAGAGCUCUUUCUUCAAUUGGUUCUAUCUUUCAAUCAAUGUUGGGGCUCUUAUUGCAAGUUCUGUGCUGGUUUGGGUGCAAGAUAAUGUGAGUUGGGGGUGGGGAUUUGGUAUUCCAGCAGUGGCUAUGGCGAUUGCUGUGUUGAGUUUCUUUUCGGGCACUCGACUGUAUCGGAACCAGAAACCUGGAGGAAGUCCUUUUACCCGCAUAAGUCAGGUCCUGGUGUCAUCUUUUAGAAAAUACAAGGUCAAAGUACCAGAAAGCAAGUCUCUGUACGAGACUGCUGAUUCUGAGUCUUCUAUAGUAGGAAGCCGCAAACUCGACCACACCGAUGAUUUCAGGUUCUUUGACAAGGCAGCAGUGGAGCUAGAAUCAGAUCAGAUGUUGAAGGGCUCAGUAGACCCAUGGAAGCUUUGCACUGUCACUCAAGUAGAGGAGCUAAAAGCCAUCAUAAGGUUGCUUCCAGUAUGGGCCACCGGUAUCGUGUUCGCUGCUGUGUAUAGUCAAAUGGGCAAUUUAUUUGUGUUGCAGGGUGACAGAAUGAAUAUUCAUCUUGGCCCCAACUUUGAAAUCCCAGCUGCAUCUCUCUCAAUCUUUGACACACUGAGUGUGAUCUUUUGGGUCCCGGUUUAUGAUCGAAUCAUAGUUCCAGUGGCUCGAAAAUACACUGGCCACCCGAAUGGCAUAACUCAACUGCAGAGAAUGGGCAUUGGCCUGCUUAUUUCAAUUCUAGCUAUGCUAUCUGCAGCGAUCUUAGAACUCGUGAGGCUCCGAGAAGUGAAAAGGCACAACUACUAUGAACUCAAGCACAUGCCCAUGUCCAUCUUCUGGCAAGUUCCUCAGUAUUUUCUCAUUGGUUGUGCAGAAGUAUUUACUUUCAUUGGCCAGUUGGAGUUCUUUUACGAGCAAGCUCCCGAUGCCAUGAGGAGUCUCGGCUCGGCUCUCUCGCUCACUACUGUUGCACUUGGAAACUACCUGAGCUCUCUACUUGUGACUAUUGUGACCAAUGUCAGCACUAAAAAUGGGAAGCUUGGAUGGAUACCAGACAAUUUGAACUACGGCCAUAUACAUUAUUUCUUCUUUCUCUUGGCGCUGUUGAGUGUCAAAAACUUGAUUGCUUUUAUUUUCAUAGCCAAGUGGUACAAGUAUAAGAGGCCCGUUGGAACCCUUCGCUGAUUGAUGUAGAAACUAUGGAUAUGAGCUCAUUCAAGAAUAAUCCAAAAAAACAGCCUCUUUAUUCCGUCUCUAAA